UAGUCGGGUUUGAAGGUGUGGAAUUUUAUAUAGCAGAUUUCCCACUAAAUUUGCAUAAAGUCUCAACUUUCUUCAAUUUCGUGAGAUUAUUCCAGUGUAAGAUUUGGAUAUUAGUUUAAAUAAUGUCUGGAUUUGCAGCUUUAAAUAUAGUUUCCGCCACAAAAGCGUAUGCAAACAAGGUGGUUUUGCAUGGAGUUGAUAUCAAGGUGGAGAAAGGAACUAUAUACGCUCUUCUGGGUCCCAGUGGGUGUGGGAAAACCCUCUGAUAUCUUGCAUCGUGGGAAUUCAGCAGUUGCACGAGGGAAGGGUAGAAAUCUUUCGAAAAAAUGUGACCAAUUUUAAAAAUGGAAUGCCUGGAAGUCUCAUUGGCUACAUGCCACAGGAAAAUGCGCUUUACAGGGCGCUCACAAUUAUGGAGACAUUCACCUACUACGGAAGAUUGCACGGCAUACCUUCACCUGAUGUUUUACGGAGAGUGGAAACCUUGAGAAAUGUCAUGAAUUUGCCCAAUAUGAACAGUCGUGUGGAACAAAUCAGUGGUGGAGAACAACGGCGUGUCUCACUUUGUGUGGCGUUGCUGCAUGACCCUGAAAUUCUUCUUUUGGACGAGCCUACGACCGGGAUAGAUCCGCUUUUACGAGAAAGAAUCUGGGAUUACUUGAGACUUCUUGUUGAAUCCAAAGGAACCACAGUUUUCGUCACGACGCAUUACGUUCAGGAAACGAGACAAUGCAAAAAAAUUGGCUAUCUUCGAGAUGGCUCCAUGUUAGUGCAAGAUUCUCCGAAAGCUUUACUGGAAAAAUAUGGUCCGAAUUGUACGACAGCUCUGGAUGAUGUACAGAGAUUCGCAUUUCUAUCUGAAAACGAAUUUGUCGUUGAAUAACCCCGGAACGGUAUGUCGCAGCGGGUCAA